AUGGUAUUGAUUGACAUUAGGAACAUGCUGCAGUCAAUGGGAAAGGACAUAAAGACAUUCCCUCUACCUCCUAUGAUCGACACAUAUGACGAUGCUAUUGGUACUGCUCGGGAGGUUUACAAGGAGGAAAGUAUCCAACCGACAGUGGAAGAUGUGGCUCUUAAAGACUCUCUUAACGAGGAACAGAGGGCCGCCUAUGAUAAGAUUAUCUUCACGAAGCAGAGUGGAACAGCAGAGUUGCUACGGAAAGCAUCUCUCAUUAUCUGGGACAAGGCUUCUAUGACUAAGAGACAAGCCGUGGAGGCACUGGACAAUAGCAUGCGCGAUAUAAUGGGUCGCCCCGCACUGCCAUUUGGUGGUAAAACCAUUGUCUUCGGUGGAGAUUUCAGACAGGUCAUGCCUGUUGUUCGUAAAGGGUCAAGGGCUCAAGUGGUCGCGUCUUCGCUACGGAUGUCUUACCUAUGGGAGUCCAUGUCCCACUUAAAGCUUGUUAGCAACAUGAGAGCAAAAAACGACCCUUGGUUUGCAGAGUUUUUGCUGCGCGUAGGCGGUGGAACUGAGGAAACAAAUAGUGACGGCGACAUUCGUCUUCCUGAUGAUGUGUGUGUGCCUUACAGUGGGAGUGACAACGAUAUUGACAACCUAAUAGACUUUGCUUUCCCAAAUCUCAACGAAAAUAUGUCUGAUUCCACCUACAUCACUUCAAGGGCGAUACUGUCAACACGGAACGACUGGGUUGAUAUGAUAAAUGUUAAGAUGAUUGAUCGUUUUCAAGGGGAGCAUAUGGUGUAUCAUAGUUUCGAUAGCGCCAUGGAUGAUCCCCACAACUACUACCCACCCGAGUUCCUAAACACAUUGACGCCUAAUGGGCUACCACCUCAUGUUUUGAAGCUCAAGAUUGGAUGUCCUGUUAUAUUGCUCCGGAAUAUAGACCCUGCAAAUGGACUUUGCAAUGGCACCAGGCUGGUCGUUCGUGGCUUCCAAAGAAAUAGCAUUGACGCAGAGAUUGUACUGGGUUUUUGUCCCGCGAGAAUGGAAUCUCUAUUUGUAGGCUUGUCUCAUAACAAGCCAAAAACAUCAGUGGCAACCGCAAUAGUUCGAGAAGACUAUAUUUGCACGCAAGGUGAUCUUGCUCUCAUCGAUUUUAUCAAGGAAAUCCCUUGUGAACCAAGGGUAGAAGUGGUUCUUAUUGAUGAUGCCUUUGUUGAAAGGAAGUGGAUGGAGUGUUUAUUUCAGCCGAGCGCAUAUUUAGGUGACGAGGUUAUAGACUGUUACAUAAAUUUGAUAAAAGCUCAAAAGCAUCUAAAGUGUCGAUCUGGAGGUCGCGUUCACAUAGAAAAUGCUUUCCAGUUCAAUUUCCUGAAGCGAGAUGGUGAUCUUGAAAUUAAAACAGAGGAGCUAUAUCCAAUUAAAGACAUGACACACAUAUGUAGCGCUGAACGAAGGGUGUUACUUUACCUAGACCAUGACAUGGUGUUUAUUCCGAUAAACAUCCGAGAGACGCAUUGGUAUCUUGUUGUGAUCCAUGCAAGAAAUAUGGAGAUACAAGUGCUCGAUUCACUUGGUACUUCACAAGACCGCAAAGACCUCACUGACUCUAUUAAAGGACUGCAAAGACAAAUAGAUAUGAUAUCUCAACGUAAGGAGUUAAAAGACCACAGGUGGCCAGACCUCCAAGUUGCUUCUUGGCCGCUCAGAGAAAUAGACAUGGGAUAUGCAAAGCAGACAGAUAGCUCUUCAUGUGGCCUCUUUCUUUUGAACUAUAUUGAAUACUGGACAGGGGAUGAACUGUCUGACAGUUUUACCCAGGAUGACAUGUCACACUUUAGGAAAAAAAUGGCUGCUAUAUUACUAUCUUCAGACCUGAAUAAGAGAAGGGGGUGUCUGUUAUACAAAAAUGAAAAAGAAGUUGACUCUGGAAGCCCAUCUGAUGUUGAGAUAUUAGAAAACCCAACAGAUUCUAAUAAGAGGAAACUACUCCACGUGCUUGAUGAUAGCGAAGUAGUGUUUGAAGAUGAGGAAGGCCCUAUUACUCAAGCAGACUUGCAAAGGUGGUUUGUUGAUGAUUGGGAUAAAAGAGCUCCUGUAAAAGUCUCUAACGAUGGUUGCACCAAUGACUUUUUAAUGGUUGGUCUUUCCACAAAGGACAUGCCAGUGACCAAAGCCGAUUCAAUAGAUGUUUUAUGUGAUUAUAUCAUGGCAAUAGAAGACGAUACGACACUAGAGAGAACAUGGGUGCGAAGUUUCAAUCCUUUUAAGAUAGAAAUAUCUGUCAAAGACCUGCAAAACAUAUUAACAACAACUCAAGAUAUGAUUCUAAGAUGUUUUGAUAUGGCUGUUCGGCUGCUUGCCAAUAAAGAGUCACGUAGACCGAAAGAAGAAAUCAUAAAUAAUAGAAAGCAUUAUAUGGACAUG